CUCAAGAGAGGUAAUUUCACUGAGGAAGAAGACGAACUCAUCAUCAAACUCCAUAGCUUACUCGGUAACAAGUGGUCGUUGAUCGCUGGGAGAUUACCAGGAAGAACAGACAACGAGAUCAAAAACUAUUGGAACACUCACAUCAAGAGGAAGCUUCUCAGCCGUGGGAUCGACCCAAACAACCACCGUCCGAUCAACGAAUCCGCAAUCCUUCCUUCGAAAACGACGCCGUCUCUCCAAACCGGUGUCGUCGACGAGUCUGUACAGUUUGAUUUUUCCGGACCGGAUCAACAACGGACGGUCAAACCGGAACCGGUGGUAUUGGACCGGGAAGAGGGUAACAACAAUAAUAAUAACUGCUCGAGUAGCGGAACGACGUCGGAGAAGGAUAUUCAGACGGACGACGAUUGGGUACUCAACUUGGAACUAUCUGUUGGACCAGCGACGACGAGUUAUCGGUACGACUCGACUCGGAAGGCGAAUCAGGACUCGGCUGACUCGACUCGACGGUGGGGCUCCGAGUUGUUCGGGGCUCAGGCUUCGGUGUGUUUGUGCUGUCGGAUAGGGUUCCAUAAUGAGUCGUGUCGGAAUUGUCGAAUCUCCGAUGUUAGAACCAUUUGGGACUCGAAAAUUCUU